CCUCCACCCUGGGCUCCCCCUCUUGGCCACGGCCUCGGGGCAGCGGCUCUUCCCGGCGCCCUGGGCCGGGGAUGGUGACAGUGACGGGGACCCCGAGGGCACCGAGGACGGGCCACCCCCGGGGGGGGACAAUCGGCUGCAGCUCUGGUGGUGGGGACCCGACCCCCCCGGGGACAGCGGCUGGGACACCCCUGAGGACACGGUGACCGUGGAGACCGACUGUCACCCCCCUGGGGACACCGAGUGUCACCUCCCCGGGGACACCAGGACCUCUGAUUGUCACCCCUUUGGGGACAGUGAGUGUCACCUCCCCGAGGACACCGAGUGUCACCUCUCUGGGGACACCGAGACCUCUGAUUGUCACCCCUUUGGGGACACCGAGUGUCACCUCACUGGGGACAACGGCUGUGACACCCCCGGGGACACCGGGACCUCUGAGUGUCACCUCUCUGGGGACAGCGGCUGUGACACCCCCGGGGGCACCGGGGACAUGGACACCAACUGUCACCCCCCCGGGGGCACCGAUUGUCCCCCCCCCGUGGUGACACCCCUCUGGGUGACACCCCUGGGGACAACGGCUGGGGCGCCCCUGAGGACACUGGGACCUCUAAUUGUCACCCCCCUGGGGACACGGUGACCACGGAGACCGACUGUCACCCCCCGGGGGUGUCACCUCGCUGGGGACAACGGCUGUGACACCCCCGAGGUCAGCGGGAAGGUGAGCACCGACUGUCACCCCCCCGGGGACAGCGAUUGUCACCCCCCCGAUGGCACCGAGGGUCACCUUUGUGGGGACAACGGCUGGGACCCCCCCCGGGGACAUGGGAUGAGUGUCACCACCCCCUCCUGAGGACACCGAGGGUCACCUUUGUGGGGACAGGGACACCAGGACUGUGUGAUGACUGUCACCCCCCCGGGGACAUCGUGUGACACCCCGGGGACACCAGUUGGGACACCCCUGACCCCCCCCCAGGGACACUGAUGGGGACACCCCCGGGGACCCCGAUUGUCACCCCUUGGGGACACCGGGACUGACCCCUUGGGGGUCACAGCUCCCCGUGGGGACCCCCGAUUGUCACCCCAUGACACCCUGAGGACACCGGGACUGACCCCUUGGGGGUCACAGCUCCCCGUGGGGACCCCGACUGUCACCCCGUGACACCCUGGGGACACCAGGACUGACCCCUUGGGGGUCGCAGCUCCCCCCACGCCCCCCCGGGGACCCCGAUUGUCACCCCCAGGGUCUGGUUGUACUAAAGACGUCCUGACUGUCGCCGUCUGUCACC